CCCAUCAUAAUAGGCCGAAUUUGUUGGCAUGCAUGCCAUUCAAAAACUAGUAAAACUCAGCCAACCUCUUCAGCAUCUGAUCAAUGAAAGGUAAAGGAAAAUGGUCCUUUUUGGUGGCGUCGUUCAUGCACUGGUAGUCGAUGCAGACUCGCCGACCACUCACGGUCCGCAUCAGGAUCAACUUGCUCUUCUCAUUCGGGACCACAAUCAUCCCGCCUUUCUUUUGGACCACCUGCGUGGGACUAACCCACUUGCUAUCGGAUAUAGCAAGAUGAUCCAUGCAUCCAUCAACUUUACGAUCUCUCCCCGGACCACUGUCUCCAAGUUAGGAAUCAAUUGCCGCUGCGGCUGCCUGAUUGGCUUAACCUCAUCCUCCAUCAAAAUUUUGUGGGAGCAGAAGGAUGGGCUAAUACCUCUAAUGUCAGUUAUUUUCCAUGUCAUGGCACGGCAGUACUUCUUCAGCAGAGCCACCAGUCUGCUCUUUUGCUCGGGUGUCAGAUCUGAGUUGAUUAUGACUGGGAGCUUAUUCCCCUCCCGGAGAAAUGCGUACUCCAUGUGAGAAGGGAGGGGCUUAAACUCCAGCUUUGGUGGCUCCUCCAAUGAUGUGGCGAUCCGGGGCGAGAUAGAGAGAUCUGCUUGAAUGGCUUCUCUCGCCCCUCAAUCACAGCUCCCUCUAGUUCUGCGAGCUGCUCCUCCAGCUGCAACUCCUACAAUGCUUGUUCCUCUAGCAAAAGACAACGCUUGAGGAAAUCAUUAGUACCCACACUCGUGAUGGCGAGUGCGGUCUCAAAAUCAGCAAUAACAUCGCAGUAAUCUAAAUCAUCAUGGAGCUGGGGGUGUUUCAUAUUAUCAUAAACAAAGAAGGUGAUUUGUUCUCCCCCAACCCUUAAAAUUAGUUUGCCAUCAUUAACAUCAAUUAGCGACUUGGCGAUGGCGAGAAAAUGCCUACCCAUAAUGAAAGGCACAUCUACAU